AUGAAUGUAAGUGUCAUUAUUUUAUCUUUAUCAUCAUAUCAUCGUUAUCACGACAAUUUUGUUGAUGAAACUUAUCGUCUCUUUUUAGUUUGUUGUGGAGGGGAUAUAGAUGAUGAUUACGAAUCUAUAGAUCAUCAUGAUGCGUCUUAUUAUGAUGAUCAUGAAUCUACAUAUUAUCGUGAUGCUUCUUAUGCAAUUUGCAGAGUACUUCCUUACAUUGCAUUAUUCGACAAGGAUCACACAUCGGCAAGUGGUGUUUAUAGCAUUGGUAUUAUAAUGGCCAAAUUGGAAACACUUCCAUUUUCAGGUUAUGAAUUAAUUUCCAAGAUUUCAACGGUUUUGGGACCUGACUUUGUACCUGGCAAACGUGGCAAUGAUGACACACUUCCAAAUAAUUAUACUGUUACUAUACCUUUAGCUUCUCCAGAUACCGCAUCCUCUAAAACAAACGUUUGCAUAUAUAUACCAACAUCUACCCUUACUGCAUUUUUGGCUUUCAAGUAUCCUGAUGAUCACCUGACUGAAAAAACUUUUUCAUCUAAUUUGAUUGCUGCUGCUGUUGCGAUUCCCAAUCGUCGAAAUGCAGCAACUGAAGCUACUAGACUAUCCUUAAGAUUAAAAAUAUGA